GUCACUGUUUGGAGCUCCGUGAGCUGUCAGACGAUUCGCGAAAUCUGAGAAUCGAAAUUAAAUAAGUUUUCUUGAGCAAAAAUGGCCAAUAAAACCGAGAGUAGUCCUAGAGUCAGCACAGAAAAGGUACCCUUAGAGACUGAUGAAGGUAUAAUGGAGAGUGAAGAGCGGAAAUGGGGCAUACCUUUAAAAGACAUGUAUAAACAAGGGCUCGCCUUUUACAAAGAUAAGGAAGGAAAAGCUCUACACCUAAGCUAUGAAGACAGGUUAAAGCUUGUAGCCUACACUCAGCAAGCGGCACAUGGCACUUUGGACCUGAAUUCCGCUCCACCCUUAGGAGUUCUGGAUGUGAUAGGGCGAGACCGGCGGGCAGCAUGGCAUGCACUUGGCAACAUUACUCAAGUACAAGCUAUGGCAGGCUUCUUACACACUCUAGAAAGAUUAUGUCCUUUAUUUAAACCAUAUGUGGAAGCUUUACAAAAGGAUUUUGAGGCUAAGAAACAACAGGAGGAAAAGAAACAGAAAGAGGAAAAAGCAACCACAGAUCUCCAAAACAGAAUAAUAGAAGAGAAACAAAAGCAACAAAGUACCAAAUUAACGGAAGAGCAGCAAGUUCAGAAAAUCAAAGAUGCUCUCAAUUCCCAAACCUAUGACCAGUUCUUACAAUAUGCACAACAACAGUUCCCUGGUAACUUCGACCAGCAAGCCAUCCUCAUCAGGCAGCUGCAAGACCAGCACUACCAGCAAUACAUCCAGCAGCUGGCGGUGGACCAGAGGCUCGCCAACUCCAAUAUAAAGACCUCGGACAGCUUGGACAAGGAUAAUGGGAAUGAUGAGAAAAAUGAGGACAGCGGUGAUUGGGACACAUCAGAUUUGGAUAAUAAGAAUACAUCUGUAGCAUCAGAAACUGAACCCUCUCUAAUUCGACCUGAGGACGAGGCAACAGAUCUUUUGGCGCACAAAGAAGAAACGAAAGCUGAUGAUGAAUCAGAUGACGAUGACAUAUUCCCACCCGUAGAAGAGGCGAACAUGUGGACGCGGGGCGAGAUAAGCGUGUUCAAAGAGUCGGCCCGCGCGGGCGGCGGGCGGCUCACGGUCGGGCACGGCGAGACCGUCACCGUGCGAGUGCCCACGCACCAGCGCGCCAAGUGCCUCUGCUGGGAGUUCGCCACCGACAACUAUGAUAUAGGUUUCGGUUUAUACUUCGAGUGGAGUAAAUCGCCUACAAGCGAAGUCACCGUCCACGUCUCGGAGAGCGACGACGAAGAUGAUGCCGACGACGAUGGUUACGGCGAUGAAGAAUACACAGUGACGGAAGGAGGCCUGGACCCGGAAAUGGGCCCGGAGCGGCGCGCGCUGCAGCACCAAAGGCCGCCGGUCAGCAUCGUCGUGCCCAUAUUCCGCAGGGACUGUCAUACUGAGGUAUACGCCGGUUCGCAUACGUACCCCGGCGAAGGAGUUUAUCUACUAAAAUUCGACAACACGUACAGCUUAUGGCGAUCAAAAACUCUUUACUACAAAGUAUACUACACGCAGUAAAAAAUAAAUUAUUUUAAUAGAACCAUGACAAAUUAUAAAAAGGAAAUCGUUUAUAAAAGAUUGUUUAUAUUUAAUCAAGUUAUGAGACUUACUCAUACUGCCAGUAUUUGUGAUGAUUUCUAGCAAACGGUAUAAUUGAUUGGUUGGCAAUAAUUCUCGAUGCAUCUAUAUGCAGGUAGCGAAUUUGUACCUUUUGACUGAGAACGACACAUUUGUUAAUAUAAUUUUACAGUAUAUAUGGCGCUACUUUACCGCCCUAGGGCGGGAUUAAGGACAAUACGUUCCUAUGUCAAAAAUUUAAAGGGCCAUAUGUACUGUAAAACGUUGUACAAUACACGUGCGAAAAGGUAAUGCGCAACUCGUGUCGAUUUAAAACACUCCCUACUUUUCGCACUUGUUUUGUAAUGUACUCUUAAAGUGCAAUAUGAAUUAAAUGAAUGUUUAGUUUCAUUUCGAGCUUAUUUGAAUGCCAUCAUAAGAUAACGCAAAUGGGAAAACUGAAAUACUUAAUCUUCUAGUCCUGAUGCAAUUUUCAUACAGCCUCAAGAACCUUAGAUGCAAACUGGAGAUUCUGUUUGGCACAUUCCGAGGAGGCACGUGGCGUUGUAUGAAGCUUGAAACUCUUUAUUAAUUUACUCGUCUCUACUGAAAUUGUAAUUAGCAGUUUAAUUACCUACUCUUAAAUUACAAAACGCUAGAGUUAGACCAAGGUAAGUCUGCAACGAUUUUGAUAGCACGUUUAGUGCAAGUGUGUCAUAAUUUGAUAGAAUUUUGACAUUUAAAAUAACACUUGCACUGCGUGUGCUAUCAACAUCGAUGCAGACUUCUCAUGGUCUAACUAUAUUACUGUCGGAAGGCUGCACCCAUAAUGUUUUAGAUGGAGUUACUUUUUGUGAGUUUUAUUUAAGUGGGUAACGUAUGCGGUCGAAAUAGCUAUGUACUACGCCUGUAAAAGGGGUAAUUAAUAUUUAUUAAUGAAGUUAAAUAAAUUCAUUUUGGUAGUAUUUUCUUGUAAAAAAAUAUCGAAUGAUCUAAGCAACUUGAAAAACGAUUUUAUUAUUUUAAGCUUUAUAUAUAUUUAAAUUGUUCCUACGUAGUUUAAUUUAUUUAAUGUUUCUUAAUCGUAGCCAUCGUAAAGGUUACCGUUAGGUUCCCAGAUGUUACCACCAAGUUGCAAACAACAGCUGUAUUUUUUCUCAUGUGUUAGCGCUGGUAAAAAUCAAGCACCGGUUAAACCAGAAAUGUACAUAAUACAUUCUUAUUCUUCCCAAUAGUUCCCAGUAGUAACAGUCGAGAAAAAAAUCACUUCAUCAUCUUGGUGACAACAUUUGCGAAUAAGCCUAUUCGCCUAAUUUGUCCAAGUCUCAAUACACUUACACUUAGUUUAAUCUUUGCACAUGUCUGUUAUUUUUAAUAUCCAUUAGUUUAGAUACUCACUUACAUUAACGCUUUAGCAUAUCCAUUAUAUGUAUGUACGUUUAUAUAUGUACUAUGUUCUCAAGAAAUAAUGUACUUUCGAACUCGUUUUCAAACUCACGAAUGACGGGUAUGCUGCAUUGUAUUGUAUAUCGGUCUCAAUUAAUUAGCCUAAAUUAUUUGCCAUGAAAACUAUCAACUACCUACCAAUUUACCUACUGACAGCAUCAAAUAUAUCUAACUGACUAUUCGUGGUUUACAAAUAUUAUAUGUGACGUUAUCUAUGAAAAGGGACCUUAUUGUCGAUGGCGCUAACGCCAUUAUUAACGACGCUCCGAUAUAAAUACAAUGUUGCGCGACGCUGUGCGGCGUAAGCGCCAUCGACAAUAAGGUCCCUUUUCAUAGAUAGGUAAUGCUCCAUAAGUCCAUAUGUUUAUAUGAUUUCCAAAAACGUUCACUAAUGAUUUGUUAAGUUCGGGUCUGUUAGGGUUCCUUCUUUAUAUUACGGGAUUUUUCUGAUCUUUAAACUUUAAAUAUGAGAAUCAGAUUGACCUAGCUUUACUUACUUAGUUAUAAGUGUUAUAAGUAAAGUUUUGUGGCCAGAAGCAUCCUGUAUAUUAAAAUUAUCACGUAUUAUAAGUAUGUAAAGAGAUAAAAUUUUAUACAAACAUGGUUACCCGCAACAAUAGAUAGCCAUUAUCGUCGUACCGAAAAAAGGGACCUUGGGUAAUUGGAUCUUCUUACAUUAUGAAGCAUCGCUUUGUAUGAAACAUGUAUCGUUAACACUUUGAUCGCCACAGUUUUUUUUUAAUUAUAAUUUAGGAGUUUAGAGAAAAUCCUGUACCUAUCAUAUUCUCCAGGAUAUCCCGGGGGAACCGCCACAGACAUGCACAGUACAGUAUCACAUUAACCUUCAUGCAUUCCAAGAGGCGUGGCGUUCAAAGUGUUAAUAGUAGCGUUAGCACCAACCACCCCAUGGUUUCUUUUUUCAUGAAACGACAAGUAUGAUUCAUACGAUCUGAGCGAGGUAGCGGAGUGGAAUGCAAUGAAAAAAUCCAUUAACAGGAACGUCAAUAGAAACGCACCAAUAGGAGCUCGUUGUCGCACUGCUCCACUACCUCUCUCAUCUCUGGGCUAUAACGCCUAUAACCGAGAAAAUCGAAGUUCUUAAAUUUUGAAAAACUGUCUCUGUCACUCUAAUUACGCCUUUAUUGGAGUCAAAGAGGAGUUCAAGGUUAAAAUCGAAGUUCUUACAUUUCGAACAACUGUCUCUGUCACUCUAAUUACGCCUUCAUUGGAGUAUAAUUUGCGAACUUCGGUUUUCACGGUACACCCACACAGUCACGAAUACUACAGAGUUUAAUAUUGAUGGUAGGUAUACAUAUUUUUACGUACCGGAUCAGAGGGAUAUAGAUAUAGUAUAUUUACAGAGGGUACUGGUGUAGUAUUCAAUGUGCCAUUAAGGGAACAAAACACAUUUGAAUGUAUCUUUUGAUUUGGGUUUACUUGAGAAUUAUUACAAUAUGUUUAACCCUUUCACCGUUAGCAAGGCACAUACAAGAAUAUCAGUUAUACUAACAUCUCUCAAUGUACAGUCAGCUGCAAAGAUAACUGGCACCCCCGCACGGUACGAACGCCCGCUUCUUUAGGCAUCAUUGGCGUUUACAGGGCUAUAUUUUUUUGUUCACUGGGAUUCUUGAAGAUUAUGUAUUAAAAAUAAUCUUACAUACAAAUAUGUGAAAAGAAAGAAUUUUCUAUGAAAAAAGAUUGUCGAUGGCGCUUACGCCAUUAUUAACGAUGCUCCGAUAUAAAUACAAUGCCGCGCACCGCUGCGCGGCGUAAGCGCCAUCGAUAAUAAGGUCCCUUUUCAUAAAUAGGUAAUGCCCCAUAUUGUCAUGUCUGUAAUUAAGAACUGAUGAUGACAUGCAGCUGACAAAAACACCAAACUACGCUAUGGUUAAUAUAAACAAAAGUCAUCAAGUUCAAACAAAAAAAAAACAUCGAUUUCAUUCAAAAUGCAUGGUACAGCUUGGCAAAAAAAAGUAGAAAUUAAAAAGUGGCAACACUGUAGUGUCGUCCCUUUCAAACCAAUAACCACUACCCAACAUAACCAAUUUCAAUAAGAAAACGGGACGACACUACGUGUUGCCACUUUUUAAUUUCUACUGUUUUUUGCCAAGCUGUAAUUUCAACAUUGAAUCAUCUAUGUCGACUAGUCUCUGAUAUUUCAGAAUUUAACCAUUCAAGAAAUCCCUUAUAAAUCUGUGUUCUUAUUUAUUGACUAGUAUUUAGUAAAAUGAUCGUAUAGUAUUAUCAAUAGCAUUUUUAACGUAUAGUGAUGUUAGUUGCAUAUUAUACAUGAAUGUUAGAACUUAGCAUUGUGUUUAUACAUGUAAUUUAUAACAGUAAUUUGAUUAUUUUGUUGUAUUAUAUUAUGUUAAAUUUCUGUCGUUAGUAGUAUCAGGUCUAAGUAUAUUUACAAUCAUUGUGCAAUGAAAAAAUAAAAAUAUAUAAAAAAUAAUAAUUGUUAUGCCCCUCCCAGUGUCUAUGAAAGUUCCGAGACAAUUAUUUAAUAAAUUAUAACACAUA